AUGUUUUCGAAACACCACGAAGCGGGCGGACACGAUUCGCCACCUCUUGAUCAUGACGGCCGCGUUGGCGAGUCCUCUAUUUUGGCCCUCGGUGAUCAGAAGGAUCAAUUGCACCGUGGACUGAAGAGUCGUCACAUUCAGUUUAUGGCCUUGAGCGGCGCAAUCGGAACCGGUUUGUUCAUCGGAUCGGGAUCGAUUCUUGCCACUACGGGCCCGGCUUCGCUUUUCCUUGCAUACAUCUGCAUGAUCCUCGUCGUCUGGGUGAUCAUGGAUUGCCUUGCCGAAAUGGUUACGUACUUGCCGCUGCGAGGUGUCACCAUUCCCUACCUGGUAGGGCGAUUCCUCGACCCGAGCGUGGCAUUUACGGCCGGUUGGAACUACUGGCUUGCCUAUGCCAUUCUGAUAGGUGCCGAAUCCACAGCGGCCGGGAUCAUAGUCGAGUACUGGAAGCCGCCCGUCAAUGUUGCACUCUGGAUCGCUAUCAUCCUCGCCGUCGAACUGGCUCUUAACAUCUUCUCCGUCAGUUACUAUGGGGAGGCAGAGUUCUGGUUCUCCAGCAUCAAAUUUAUAACAAUCCUCGGGUUCAUUAUCGUCGGCAUUGUCAUCUUCUUUGGCGGGGGCCCAGCUCAACAUGGAAUACUGGGCUUCUCAUACUGGAAAGCUCCCCUGAGCGCAUUCAAGGAAUUUGGUGCCAAAGGGAGCCUUGGUCAAUUCCUCGGAUUCUGGUAUGCCUUUAUCCAAGCGGCGUUUGCUGUGCUGCUUUCCGCAGAGCUCAUCGCCAUUGCCGCCGGGGAAACCGUUGCACCACGGCGGAAUAUCCGGAAAGCAGCCCGUCGCUUUGCCUGGCGCCUGGUUCUCUUCUACGGGUGUUCCUCUCUCAUCGUUGGUAUCGUUGUACCAUCCGAUCACAAAGAUCUCUUGGGGGCGUCUGAUGCCGGCUCAUCUCCGUUUGUGAUCGGUAUCAAGAACGCUGGGAUUCCGAUCCUCAAUCACAUUAUCAACGCCUGCAUCUUGACCUCGGCAUGGUCUACCGGAAACUCCUUCGUGUUUUCGGGAAGUCGAGUUCUAUACUCCCUUGCCAAGGACGGCGACGCGCCUCGCAUCUUCCGAACCACAAACAAACAGGGCGUUCCUUGGGUCGCGGUCGUCACGACGUGGUCUAUCGGUCUUCUGGCCUUUCUCAACGUGUCGAAUUCUGGUGUCACUGUUUUCAACUGGCUGGUCAACAUUAUCAUUGGAUGCGGCUUCAUAUCUUGGAUAAUCAUUUGCGUCACAUAUCUCCGUUUCAGAAGAGCAAUGCAGUACAAUGGGCUCCUUGACACUCUGCCCUAUCGGUCGUACUUUCAGCCAUACAAGACGUGGAUAUCGCUGAUCAUAGUUACCCUCUUGACGAUCACAAAAGGGUUUCAAAUCUUCCUUGCGGGCCAGUGGGACACCAAGUCUUUUGUGGCUGCAUACAUCACAUUGCCGAUAAUGUUGGCGAUAUAUAUUGGCCACAAGAUCUGGUCUCGCACCCCACUCUACAUUCCGACCAAGGAUAUUGAUGUUUUGACGGGGAAGAGGGAAAUGGAUGAGCUUGAAGCAAUGGAUGAGCCCCGCAUACCUAAGAACUGGCUCGAAAAGGCCUGGUAUUGGGUUGCCUGA